AUGAAACCUUUCUAUUUUCAGCAAAGUUCAUGGAAGAAAAUUCGUAGUAUUAUAAGAUGGUCUCCCUUUGUUCAGGUGUUUAAAAAGAAUAGGUAUCCAUGGAUACAAUUAGCAGGUCAUCAAGGUAAUUUUCAAGCAGGUGAUGCAGGUUCAGUAUUAAAGAAAUUAGACAAGAGAGAACAGAACUGUUUUAAAAAAGUAAUGGAGGAUAUAUUACGUCCCUAUGUUCCUGAAUAUAGAGGUGAUGUUGAGCAUAUGGGAGAGAUGUAUCUACAAUUACAAGAUUUAUUAUGUGAAUUCAACUCGCCGUGUGUGAUGGAUAUUAAGAUGGGAGUUAGAACGUAUCUAGAAGAAGAAUUGAGUAAAGCCAGAAAAAAUCCUAGUUUAAGAAAGGAUAUGUAUCAGAAAAUGAUAGAAGUUGAUCCCAAUGCCCCUACUGAAGAAGAACACCAGCAAAAAGCUGUUACAAAGCCUAGGUAUAUGCAAUGGAGAGAUGAAAUGAGUUCCUCAGUUAACUUAGCAUUUAGAAUUGAAGGUGUUAAGAAAAGUGAUGGGGCUUCCAGUAAAGAUUUUAAAAAGACAAAAACCAGAAAUAAAGUGAAAGAUACAUUAAUAAGUUUUAUUGGUGAUAAUACAGAUAUGCUUACCAAAUAUAUACAAAGGUUGAGAGCAAUAAGAAUAACACAAGAAUCUUCCGAAUUUUUUAAAAGACAUGAGGUGAUUGGAAGCUCGUUAUUAUUUGUUCAUGAUGAAUCUGGUAACGCAAGUGUGUGGGUAAUAGACUUUGGUAAAACAGAAUCCAUACCUUCUAAUAUAACUAUCGAUCAUAGAUCAGAAUGGAUUGAAGGCAAUCACGAGGAUGGUUAUCUAACAGGACUGGAUAACCUAGUGUCAAUAUUAGAAGAGAUCGAAAAUGAAUUGUGAUUUAAUUGUGAUGUUUGAAUGUUGAUUGACAUCUGUUUGAACAGGUUGUGAUGUGAUAAGUUCAUUCUAUGUUGAAGGUCAAUUUGAAUGAAGUGGUGAAUAAAUUGUUGACCAGUGAAAGAUAAACACUACUCAAUAAACAAGGUUUCAUUCAUUGAAGUACAUGUGUCCAUGACAGUUUUUUAUUGGAUAAAGUGCUAUUUUUCAUCUAUUCCUCCAUGUCUAAGAAAAACUUAAUAUUAUUUCUAUGUAUUUCAUUUUUACCCAUUUUUGUGAAUUAAUGAACUAUGUAACGUUCAAAUUCAAUUUUUAGCAAAUACACUAAAAUAGUGCAGACUAGAAUUCAGCUAUAAUAAUACAAAAUAAGUUGAGUUGUUUCAACAGUCUACCUCAAGAAUACUUUCAUGCAAAGUUAGACUCCACUGAAUCUGGCAUAUUGACAUUCAUGUUGUAAAUUCAAAGUUAAUAGAUUUGUCCUUUACAUAAUAUUGAUUAUCAUUAUUAGUAAGCUCAUUGCUGAAAAUGUGCUAAUGGCUAUAUUAUAAUUAUAAUGUUCAAUUAUCUAUUAUUAUCAUUAGAGCUAAUAUUUCAUUCACAUUACCAUUUUAUCACAUAUAUUGAGCUAUAUCAUUAUGAAGGAAGGUUGUUGAUCAUAAACUUAUAUAUACUACAAUGAGCAUCAACUGUGAUGUAAGUCAUUGUUACCAGAUUGCAAGAGGUUGUUGAAAGGGAUAUCUGAUUUUUGUUUUAAUCUGAUUCUGAUUUACACUAAAUCGAAAUUUGAAAUAACAGAAUCAUCAAUUAUCCCUAAUAUACAUGCAUGUUAAGGCUAAAAGACCUCUAUUAUGCCUUGAAGUUUCUAAAUGACAUUGUAUCUAUCUUGAAGGCCUAACCUUGAUGCUCAUUCAUGUCAUAUUCCAAAAUAAUUCAUCUGACCAGGCUUUUUGCUGGACACAGAUUAAAUUUUUUACAAUUCAACCAUGUAUCAGGGUAGUUAUCUUAAGGAAUGUCAGGUUUUUUAUGUGUUCUGAAUCUCAUUGCCUUAAAUCUCCACAUUUCAUCAAAAGAUGGCUUCCAUUUUAGUUUAUACAAUUUUCAUAAAAAUGAAAACAGCCUUGUGUAGUGCUUAAUAGGAUCUUAUUUUCUUUACAACAACUACUUGUUAAAUAUAUAUUAGCCUAAUGGCUUUGUUUCUGUACAUUAGAACAAUUUCUACUUCUAACUGUGUUUCAUUCAACAUAUAAUAUAUUUCUGAAUGUUCAAUAAAUUUCUACUAUGAUUUC